CUCAUCUAAAAACCACAUCAGUAUCCUAAAUAACAGCAGUCAUUUUAUUGUUUUCAUAUGAAGUCACCGGUCCUUGAGGCAGCUGUGUUUCCCCAUACAGCGACACAAGAGCGAUGCUCCAUUGUGUGAGGGCUCCCCGGGGACGUCAGCAGCCUCAUCCCGUCUCCAUGGACACUGUGAUGGGCGGAGAACACCUCACCGCUGUGGGAAAUAACUAGCUCCGCCUUCCUCUCUUCCUAUUGGCCGUCACUCACAGGAGGAUUAUUCUGAUUGGCUGCUCGGCGUCUAGUAGCGACUGCUGGGAUUCCUAGCAGCUGGGUGUCCGUACAUGAGCCGGAGCAGCAGGUACAGGAAAGGAUUCUCAGAUUACAAAGCAGUAAAGAUCAUUGUAAUCAACACUACCUGCACUAUAGGCCUGUACCAGCAGAUUAAGGGCUGACAGCAGCUUCUUCAAUAGAGACUGAUUUAGUGUAUAACCCUAACAGAAAAGAGCUGGAUUAUUGCUGCUGAGACAGAACACUGGGUGAUUAAGAAAUGGGUGAUUGUGAAUCACAGUUAUAUGUAAAAAUCAGCAACAAGAAAUGCAUUCUAAGGUCUGAGCUACUGUCUCUACUGAAAACCUACAACUGCUAUCAUGAAGGGAAGAGCUUCCAGUUACGACAUCAUGAGGAUGUUGGAGGCCUUGUUGUAGAAGGACUUUUAAACAUAUCCUGGGGUUUGCGGCGUCCUAUCAGACUUCAAAUGUACGACAGCAAUGAACGGAUAUUCUUCAGCUCCUGUGACUCAUGGUGCAGGGACUCACAAGGAAAAGACAGGCUUCCAUUAUCCAUCACAGAACAGCAAAGUAGUGAAGAGGAAAACAACAAUGCUCCUGAAAGAAGUGUUUUAUCAGAUCCCAAGGAAGAGGAAAUAACACCACAGUUAAAGAGGACUAGAAGUGAUGCCAGCUUUGUACAGAGACGUUCACACCAUCGUAGCCCAGCAGAGGCUCAAAGAUUAAGAACUCACAGGUUCUCUAUUAAUGGCCACUUCUAUAAUCAUAAGACUUCUGUGUUUACGCCAGCAUAUGGCUCUGUGACAAAUGUUCGUGUCACUAGUACCAUGAACACACUGGAAGUAUUAAACCUGCUGCUGAGGAAGUUCAGGGUGGAAAAUAGCUCCUCAGAAUUUGGACUAUACCUUGUUCACGAGAAUGGAGAAAGAACCAGAUUGGGGGACAAUGAAUUCCCUUUGAUUUGUAGGAUACUUCAUGGUCCCUGUGAAAGAAUUGCCAAAUUAUUCUUAAUGGAGACUGAUCUUGGGGAAGAGGUCUCACAUGAUGUGGCUCAGUACAUCAAGUUUGAGAUGCCUGUUCUAGACAGCUUUGUUGAGAAACUAAAGGAAGAAGAAGAAAGAGAAAUUUACAAACUGACACAAAGGUACAAUGCUGUACGUAUGAUGCUAUUGGAAAGACUGGAUCAACUUACUAACUAUGAAAGUUUUGCCUAAACAAACAGUAAUGCCUAGAAAGUACUGUGAUCAGGGAUGGCAAGCAUCUGCUGCUAAUCAGCGUGGACUUGAACAUUACAUUUUACAUGAUGUUUAUAAUGGACCUAUGACUUUGUUAUUUCUAAUCUAAAUAGAACAUUCUGUUUUUCCUCACAAAGGGCUAAUAAGAUUUUGCAGCCACCACUAGGCGAGCUUACUUUAUGCAGAUUUCUACCACUUCCAUUGAAUGCAAUAAUAAAUGUAUUUCAGUAAGCUCCACCUAGUUGAGUCUGCCUAACCAUUCAGUGAAUGUACAGUAUUUAAAGGAAAUCUGUCAUCAGUGUCACCUGCACUACCCUGUCCGUACAGACAGGUAGUGCAGGUGACAAUGAUGACAACUGUACUUACCUUGUCCCUUCCCCUUGGUAUUUUCAGCUUCAGGCCUGACUUGGAGCAUGGGCAGAGCUUAGUGAUGUCACUGCUGCUGUUUGCUAGCAGCGGGACCCAGCAGAGAACUGCAGCAGUGACUUCUCUAAGCCCUGCACAUGCUCCAAGUCAGGCCCGGAGCUGAAGAUAGUGAAGAGGAUUGCCGAAGAACGACAGCACAGAAUGGGACAAGGUAGGUACUGUUGUCAUCAGUGUCACCUGUACCGACAGGUUAAAGAUUUCCUUUAAGGAGGUUGUCUGACUUUUUAAAAAAAUUGCCUAGUACUCAGGAUCAUGGUAAAGCAAAAUAAAUUAAUAACCUAUACUCGCUUGCUUGACCCUUUCAACCCUUCAUCCUGUGCUGCCACUCCUGACCUCCCUACUGGUUUUGUUUACAUGGCUGUAGCGAUGAUGUACCCAUAAGGUCAGCAAUUUUGCUUAUACAGGCAUGUAAUCUCUAGAUAAAGAAAGGGAAGUCUGGAAAGGCGCCUCUGCAUGAGGUGGUGUUUAAAUAGACGAGUAUGGGUUUUUAUUUGAACACAACCCUGAGCAUUGAGCAAGCUUUUUGGAAAGUCAGAGAGCCCUUUGAAUUUUUAAAAUACUUUGUACUGAUGAAAAGGAAAAAAAAAAUAUUUCUGGUGGAAGUGUCCAUUGCUUCACUACUUGUGGCACUAUGUACACUUUUGGGGCUAUUUAUACAGUCUAAGCCUUUUAAUCUGUUUCUUGACAUAUUGAAAAAGCUGUCUCACUUUAAUGCCAUGUAACAUAAGGCUAUGCAAUGAUUUUCCAUGCUGUGCACAACCUUGAUCUAAUCCUCAUUGUAAAAGGGGAUAGUCUGAUAUCAUGUCAUUAGACAGACCCUUUAAUUUGUAAUGUUUUGAAAAAUAUCACACACUGGCGCUUAUGGAUAAAUGUGCCCCACAGCAGCUAUAUUUCCAAUACAAUGGACCCCUGCUAAACAGUUAAAGCACAACGGUCACCUCCGUACAGGUACGGAGGUGCAGUUACCAGUGCAUAGA